GCACAAAGUUAGUAAGUUCAGUUUUAGAUUUCUGCGAGCUUUCUGAUUUUCUGUAACAUAUGGCCUCAAUCAAAAUGUUCGACAUCAGUAACGGUCAGAAAAUACGACGGUCCAAUUAGCUCAGUGAAGUGCAGUGACGUAUUUUCCGGGUUUUCGCCCCUGGUUUGGUAUACGCGGGGCGGCGGUGCAGGGCCCGGACCGGCUGCAGGGCCGCGCCGCGCCGCCGAAUCAGGGUCACUCUCCCGCCGUGCCAGCAGAAAGCUACAUAAGAGCGGCGCCCGGCGGCGGGCCGCACUGAGCGGCUCCGACCCCGUCCGCUGUACCGCCGCGCCGGCACGGAGCGAGUCCCAGACCGACCUGCACCGCACCGCCCGACCAGUAACGAUGCGUCCGCUGCUGCUGCUGCUGGCCUGCGUGGCCGCUGCCGCCGCCCAGGUGCAGUACGCCGAGCAGGCGCCGCCGGCGCGCGCCGUGGUGCGCCGCCGCCGCGUGCGGCCCCGACGGCCGCUGCCGGCCGCCGAACAGCAGGGCGAGCCACAGACGCUGGUGCCGUUCAACCAAGGCCCGCCGCCGAGUCGCCAGCCGUUCCGCCCGGAGCCGCAGCCGUUCCGCCCGGAGCCGCAGCCGUUCCGCCCGGAGCCGCAGUUCCGCCCUCAGUUCCAGCCGGACGAGUUCCGCUCGCCCCAGGAGCUGGCGCCCGUGCCGACCAAGUCUCAGGCGCGGCCGACGCCGAGCGCGCCCAGCCGCUCCGCCAGCCGCUUCAAGGCGCAGCAGGAGGCCGACUUCGCUGACUACUCGGACGCCGCCGGGGUCCAGGAGGAGGAGGAGGAGGACUACGCUGAGGAGCCCGACCGGCUCGCCGAGCUGCUCGCCGUCUCAACGUUCAAGUGCGACCCCAGCGCCACCGGCUACUACGCCGACGACUCGGUCAACUGCGAGGUCUUCCACUACUGCGCAGCCGGCGUCAAACACUCGUGGGUCUGCCCGAACGGCAACAGCUUCCACCAGAUCAACCUCAUCUGUCAGCCGCAGAGUGCCGACAACAUAUGCCAGCGCUCUAACGAGUUCACCUUUGUCAACGACUACCUGUACCAGCAGAUCAGCAACGACACGCGAAAGCCGCAGUACGCCGACCGCUACUACCCGGACGCGUCUGCGGCCGGCGAGCAGCUGCUGAGCCGUCCCGAGCCGCAGCCCUCCUACCAGCAGCGCCAGCCCGAACAGGAUCGCCGCCGCAGGCCGCUGGCGCAGAGCGCAGACUUCGGCUCGUCCGGGAACGGCUUCGGCAGCAGCAGGCCUUCAGCCAGCAGCAGGCCGUCGAGCAGCAGCUUCCCAAACUUCCAGCAGGCGCAGGCGCUAGGCGGACGGUCCAAGCCCAGCGCGUACCGGCCGGAGCAGGCCGACUUCCGCGGCCAGCAGACCGGCUUCCGGCGCAGCGGCGACGAGCCGGUGCUGCCGCCGGUCGGGCCGAGCCCGUUCCUCGGCCAGGUAGGCGCCUCUGCCCUGCAGCCGGACAUCAGGUCACGCGGCGCGCCGCUUCCGCAGGAGAGGCAUGACGACCGCAUCGUCCUCGGCGGCUUCCAGGGCAACGUGGACAUCGAGGACCUGGCGUCGCGCCGUCAGUAGGUCGGGGAGGGAACAGCGGGGCCGCGCACACCAGGCGCCGGCCCACCGAGGCCAAAGACUGCUGCAGCGCCGUGCCGUGCUGCGCGCCAGCGAGAGCGGGUAGAUGCCGGACGCCAGGAGAGACUCAGAAUGUGCGCCACCGAUGGCGCACUGAAAUGCCCCCCUUUCCCCUAGCCGGGUCAGUCGUCGCCGCUGCCAGUCGCCCAGAGGUGCCACUGCCGCGGCCGGCGCUGUCACCGCCUUCGUCACGAGCAGCGUGAUGCGCCGUCACGAGCCGGUCACGAGUGGACGGCGUCGGUGGCAGGGUCGCCGGCGGCACGACAGCGGAGCAUACGUGACCGGUCCGGCCCCGCGGGCCGGCGGCCGAGUUCGGGCCAGCCCGCUCGCCGCUCCCCGCACGGCGACCGAUGAGCCAACGCGGCCCCCGGUGUGACGGUCACACAGGCGCCACGGCGCCGGUCACGAGCUCACCGCUCACCGCUCCCGGCGCGUCGCUGCUGUCUCCUUUGUCGUGGUUUUGAGGUCAGGGAGGCGUCGCUUCGUUUCAUCGUCACAUUUCUCCGUAUAGCGCAGCGGUGGGUGGGCCGCACUCACGGCCUGUCGCCGUCCGGAUGGAACGCUUUUUGACAGUAGGAGUGGAGCGCAAGUGUUCUCAGUGUAGGUCCAUUGAUGGAUUUUCAGGUGGGGUUCGGGUUGGCGUAUUUUAGUGUUUUACAUAAGAGGACGACGGAUGUGUAUUGUGUAACUGCUGAAUACACAAUUGUAUAAUACUA